GCAGGAUGGAUGCAGUAGAGAAGAGGGUCCAUGUGUUUGUGCGAGUCAAGCCAACGGCCCAUUUUGCUCAAGAUAUGAUCAAAUUCGGGCCAGACAACAAGAGUAUAGAUAUAUACAUCAAAAAAGAUGCCAAGAAAGGGGUGGUGAAUAACAAGCAGACUGACUGGUCCUUUAGGCUGGAUGGCGUCCUUCACAACACCUCCCAGGAACUGGCUUAUGAGACCGUGGCGCAGAGAUUGGUGUCCGAAGCUCUAAUUGGCUAUAAUGGCACGAUAAUGUGCUAUGGGCAAACGGGGGCUGGUAAAACGUACACGAUGAUGGGAGCAACUGCUGAGUACAAGCAUCGAGGAAUCAUACCCCGAGCCAUCCAGCAGGUCUUCAAAGCAACUGCACAGUCCGUUGAUCCAUUUGUCACUGUCCGAAUAUCCUACCUGGAAAUCUACAACGAGACCUUGUUUGACCUCCUGUCCACCAUGACAAGCAGUGGCAGCAGUGACAUGCAGAUGGCUGUGGUGGACUGCCCGCAGGGUGUUUACGUGAAGGGCUUAUCCAUACAUUCGGUUAGCCAUGAGGAAGAUGCUCUCAAUCUCCUUUUUGAGGGCGAGACCAACAGGGUGAUAGCAGAGCACACGCUGAAUAAAAACUCAUCCAGAUCCCACUGCAUCUUCACUAUUUAUAUUGAGUCUCGUUUCAGAGUUUUCUCAGAUGUCAGAUGCAUCCACUCUAAAAUCAACUUAAUAGACCUGGCAGGCUCAGAGAGACUGAGCAAGACUGGAUCUGAGGGACAAGUUCUGAAGGAAGCCGCGUACAUCAACAAGUCCCUGUCAUUCCUUGAGCAAAUCAUCAUUGCCCUGGCUGAUCCCAAGAGGGACCACAUCCCCUUCCGGCAGAGCAAGCUGACUCACGUUCUCAAGGACUCGCUAGGGGGAAACUGCAAUACUGUCCUCGUGGCAAAUAUCUGUGGGGAAGCUGUGCACGUGGAAGAGACG